UAGUAAGCUGAGGCUACAGUGGGCACAGGCUCAACAAAACUGGACAGCUGAACACUGGAAAAUCAGGCCUGCUCUUUCCAAUCAAGUUAGGCUGUCGAUAAAGAAGCUACUGAAAAUGAGAAGUGUCCCAGUUACAAGCAUGCUUACAUAACUUGACCAAAGAUUGCAUUCCUGCUCCAGUGCAAAGCAAACAUAUCUGCGUUACAGUUGCUGUAAUCUUUCAGUGUGGGAUAAAAUAUAUACAAUUAGCCAUGAUUGCCCAGCGCACACACUUCCACUUAUUCCGCUCUGCCAUCAGAAGCACAUCACUUUUCACCAUGUGUCAUGGCAAGCGUCAUCCAGUAGUUGUGAUCGAUAAACAGAAACAUACCUUCAGGAAGCAGCAUGGGCUUCAAGAUAUUGCUCCGCUGGUGAAGAGUGUGGAGGAGACUCCAGAGCCCAUCCCUACCACUGUUAAAGGCACAAUCCCUACAUGGAUCCGUGGAAAUCUUCUUCGCAAUGGCCCUGGAAAGUUCGAGUUUGGAAAUCAACACUUUAAUCACUGGUUUGAUGGAAUGGCCUUGAUGCACAGCUUUCAGAUUGCUGAUGGUCAGGUGACCUACAGAAGCCGCUUCCUGCGCAGUGACUCCUACAAGAAGAACAGUGAGAUGAAUCGAAUUGUGGUAUCCGAGUUUGGCACUCUUGCGCUCCCUGACCCGUGCAAGAAUAUUUUCCAGCGCUUCAUGUCCUUCUUUGAGAGGAUGAAGCCCACAGACAAUGCUAGCGUGAGCUUCGUCAAAUACAAAAGUGACUACUAUGUCAGCACAGAGACAAACUUUAUGCACAAAAUUGAUCCAGACACUCUUGAAACAAAAGAGAAGGUGGACUGGAGCAAGUUCAUUGCUGUUAAUGGUGCAACCGCCCACCCUCAUGUUGACCCAGAUGGUACAGUCUACAACAUGGGCAACUCCUAUAGCAGCAAAGGUGCUUUCUACAACAUUAUCAGAGUGCCUCCGAGAAAGGAAGCCCUUGGUGAUACGCUGCAGGGUGCGAAGGUGCUGUGUUCCAUAUCACCUGCUGAAAAAAACAAGCCUUCAUAUUACCACAGCUUUGCCAUGUCUGAGAACUAUGUGGUUUUCAUCGAACAGCCUGUAAAGAUGGAUUUGAUGAAGAUAAUGACAUCUAGAAUAAGGGGGAAAGGCAUAAACGACUGUAUCUACUGGGACCCCAAACAAGACACCGUCUUCCAUGUUGUAAACAAACAUACUGGACAGGUGAGUCCAGUGAAGUACCACACCAAGGCUUUAUCCAACUUCCACCAGAUCAAUGCUUUUGAGGAGAAUGGCUUCCUUAUAGUGGAUAUGUGUAGCUCAGAUGAUGGCCAGGCCCUUCAGAUCUACAAUCUUCAGAAUUUACGCAAGUCCGGAGAAGCCCUGGAUGAGGUAUACAACAGCACAGACAGUUAUUUUCCUCGCCGCUUUGUUCUGCCUCUGUGUAUCACCAAUGAUACUCCACUGAACCAAAACCUCAAUACACGACCCAACAGCUCUGCUUCUGCAGUCUGCCUCAGCAAAGAGAAGGUGUUCUGCAUGUCUGAGGAUCUUCAUGACAAUGAACUUAUUGAUUAUGGUGGUUUUGAGUUCCCACAUAUUCACUAUGACCGAUGUAACACCAAACCAUACCGCUACAUCUACGGCUGUGGCUUUGGUCACGUAGUGGCAGACUCACUGAUCAAAAUAGACCUGGAGAGUAAAAAGCUUAAGGCAUGGUGUCAGCCAGGCGUUUAUCCAUCUGAGCCUAUUUUUGUCCCCUCGCCUAAUACAGAGGAAGAAGAUGAUGGUGUCAUCCUCUCUGUUGGCCUCACACCCACUGAGGAUAAAGGUACUUUUCUGCUGGUUCUGGAUGCUAAGACAUUUGAGGAAGUGGGAAGAGCUAAAGUGCCUGUUAACAUUCCCCCAGGCUUCCACGGGACCUUUAACUCUUUGGUAUAGGACAGAUUUCAUCUAGUGACAGUAAAAGCUAAGAAAUACUGCCAUGUUUAUAAAGGACUUCACUUACAAGGUUUGGCCAUUGGCAAACACAAAUAAGCCUCUCCCACUUUUUUCACAAGACGUUCCCAAGGUAUUCAUCUCCUUCAAAUUAGUUUUCACCACUUAAAGUUAGGGAUUUAUGUGUUUUAUUGUUUUGCCUUCAAAUUUUAAGUUUAUUUUUAAUGCUGUCAUAUGUAAUGCAACUUGAGUUAGAUGCCAUAUUAAUCAAAAUUUUCAAUUAGUGUUACCAGUAUUGUGAAAUUACAGUGGCUUUGGAAGACAUUAACACAGUUAAAGAUAUGAAUUACCCACUUUUUAUCCAGUAUUGUAAUGGUUGUACAUAAUGAUGUACCUUGGAAACAUGUUCAGCUCAAUCAAUUCAAAAUGAUAUUUUAUUACAUACAUUUAUGCAAAUAUUUUACGUCUUGACUUGACAUUUAAAAUUGAUUGCUCAUCUGACCUUUGUCAAAAUGUGCAGUUUUUUCUUUGUGAAACUUUGUGUAUUACACUAUCUAUUUUUAUUACAUCUUAUAAAAUGU